AUGGGAUUAGAGGGGAUUGAGGAGGGCCUCGCCAGGAUGGCCGCAACGGUCAACCUGGACCAGGCCUCCGAGAGGAGGCGGCUCCGCGAAGCCUUCAAGGACGUCCAGCUGGGCAUUGAUCACUGCCUCUUCAAGGUGAUCACGCCUCUUCCUUCUCCAAAUCCUCAUCCAACUCUAUAAUCCUGAAAACCGCGGUCUUUCUGGAUCCACACCAUUACAAGCCUCUCUAUGACCGUGCUUCCGUUUCCUCAAAUGAUCAUCAUCACCACAACUAGGCCUUCCUUCCAUGAUAUUUCCAUUUCCUUUUCCUUUUCCUUUUGGUGUCCUCGUGGUCAUUAAUUAAUGGUGAUGGCUCCUCUUGGGAACUUUUACUGGGUUCGUAUUGAAUAGGAAUUCUGGGUCCCUCUGAUAUUGUCACUUAGAUAGAAAAUAUUAAAUUGAUGUCAGUAAUCAUUAAAAGUCAUUGCAAAAAUAAAUGUUUUCUGAAACCACAUCUAAUCACUGGACUAUAAAAAAUAAACGCCUUAACUCACCUUUAUGCUAAAAAACAUGUUUCCAACCCCAAAGUUCAGUUUUACUGACUUUUAUGAGCGUAUGAACUAAUCUAAUGUGAAAUAGUAGGAUUAUACAGCGUUGAAUAUAUUGGUUCCUCGUUCAUAUAAGUAAAAGACUGUCUUUCUAUUGACAAGAAGAUUAAUAAUAUUAUUCAAAAGCUUGUUCCCGCUAGUAAUAUGGCAAAGACAUUAUGCACUUCGAAAAUUAUGAUUUUUAUUUUUUUUACUUUUUCAAUUUUUGCGUGAUGGAACACCAGAGCCUAUUUCUCUCGUUUGGUCUUCAAAAAUAUGGUCUAUUAUCCUAUAUUCCCUUAAGGUAUUUUUCCCUUGUUCGGAAGUAGUGAUGAUUCCUGUGAUAGGUUGGGUUUCUUUCCUCUUAUAAGAGGUCAAUUGCUUCGGCUCGAAAUAAAAUUUUGAUACUUUUGAAACCAAUUUUGAGUUGAAUAUUUACUAAAACUAGGCUUUCCUGGAUCAAGGAUAUGGUGUACUUUCCUUCCCAAGUUUUUCAGAUUAUAUUGAGCUUCGUUGGUUUAUGCUAUUUUUUUUCUAUCUUUCGAUUAUAGUCCAUAUGCCAGCCUGCUCUGCAUGUUUCAACGUUCUUGCACUGGUGAGGUCACCCUUCAUGUUAUAAUUACUUUUAGAUAGCUGCUGAUUUUUUUCAUUUUUCUUUCUCAUUUGCAGCAGCAGUAUUUGGGAAUAAAAUCACAGGAGGUGCAAACUCUGCUCCACCUUUUUAUUUUUAUUUUAUUUUUAUUGUGUUAGAUGAUUUCCCAUCAAGGAUUAUUGCACCACAUCAACCAGUUUACUGAUUAAAAAGUAAAGUGCCAUAGGACUGCCCCUCUUAAGCCUGCCGAUUUUGUGAAUAAUACUUUAUUUAAUUAAAAAUAUCCUUUCAAUAAUGGUGAUGUCAUUCUAAUGCUAGUGGAAUAUUUUGAUUUCAUGCAGUCCUAUGAAGUGAAUUCCAGAGGAUUGGAAAUUUUCUCCAAGAGCUGGCUUCCAGAAGACUCUAGAAUAAAUGCUCUUGUUUUCUUCUGCCAUGGGUAUGGAGACACUUGUACGUUCUUCGUUGAAGGUAUGAUUCUUUAAUGUUCAGAUGUCAAAUAACAGUCCCAUAUUGGCUAUUAGAACUGAAAUCUAUACAAAUAAAGCAAUUGGGUUCUUUCAUAAUUUUGAUAUUCAGUUUAAUGGAUACAUUGUCCUCAGGAAUUGCGAGGAAAUUAGUAUCUUCUGGAUUUGGAUUUUUUGCGAUGGACUACCCUGGAUUUGGCCUCUCAGAUGGACUGCAUGGUUACAUUGAGAGUUUUGACAAUCUGGUUGAUGAUGUUAUCGAGCAUUUCUCAAAAGUCAAAGGUUACUUUUUGUAGACUUUUAUUUUAAUAUUUUAUCUACUUCCUAUUUAAUCUUUUGCAUAACAUUUCUAAACCGUAAGCAUAUUUCUUUUAAUACUAAAGAAAGGGAUGCUCUGGUAUGUUUGACAAUGAUUUUUUUUACUAUUUACAAGUUUAUUUUUCCGAGCAUUUUCCCCUUUGAGCGUUAUGUCCUUCAGUCAGUUUUAAUUGCUGAAUUGAUUCCAAAGAUCUCCAAGAGUACUCAUGUUCUAUUGUACAAUGAUUUAGCUUUCAACUGCCACCUAUUUCAGAUAGUAAUGAGAAGAAUUUUCUGGAAAGCUGGACUAUGUAUUUUAAAUACGUAUGAAAAACCCUAAAGGAUGGUUGAAUCCUUCUUGGUAAAGAAAAACGGAACUGGGUAGGACUUAUUGCUCCUUGGGUCGCAUGGUUGCUGUCAGCUCCCUUUUUCUUCUACUUCUCUUCUGUGUGGUGAGAUGUGUCAUCCAUGAAGCUUCAAGGGUUCGUUUAUAAUCAUUGGAGGUGUGUAAUGAAGACAUGUUUUUCCACAGAUGCAUCAACAGCUCAUGAUACUCCUAAUCUUCGCUAGUUAAUCAAAUGCCUGCCUCCAUCAAUUCUGAAAACCGCAGCUUACUAGUUUUCACAUAUAAAAUGUCUAUACUAAUUGUCUAAACGUGUUACUUAUAACGAUUAGGUUUUAGGGAAAUCGAUGGGUAAAUAUUGUUCAGAAUCCAUAUGGUAUCUUUGAACUGAUGUUGCAAUUUCCUACAUCGAAACCAAACAUAUAUCUGGCAUGAUGCUAAUCUCCGGAAAAAAAAUAUCUUUAUUAUUAUUAUUAUUAUUAUUAUUAUUAUUAUUAUUAUUAUUCAGAUUGAUCCUUAAAUCUUAAAUAAUGAGUAUGUUGAGGCCUGAAAGACUGUUCUUUAUCUUGCUGGAAAUUGACAGAAAAACCCGAGUACAAGGGUAUCCCAAGCUUCCUAUUCGGCCAGUCUAUGGGUGGAGCUGUAGCCCUGAAGGUUCACCUGAAGCAGGGCCUUCCAUGGGAUGGCGCUGUCCUCGUUGCCCCAAUGUGCAAAGUAGGUUCUUUCUUCUUUUAUUUCACGUAAUCACUUGGCCAUGUGAUCCUCAGUCAUAAUAACUAAGAGUGGAUAAUUUUAGUAGAUUGCAGAGGAUAUGAUUCCACCAUGGCCAUUGGUGACUAUCCUGAUCACCAUGGCAAAAAUGUUUCCAAGGCAAAAGCUAGUUCCACAGAAGGAUUUAGCUGAGGUGGCGUUCAAAGACUUGAAGAAGAGAGAUCAGGUGGUAAAACCCAAAUCUGAAUUCUGUAGAUUUCUCACUAGACGGAUUAAUCAUGCUUAUUUAAGCAUAAUCAUACUUACUGAAGCAUUCUCAUGUGGGCAAUCGAGUAUGGUAUAAUAUCAUAACCAUGCUAUUGGGGCAUCCUCAUUUGGGCAUAAUCAUACUUUUUGAGACAUUUUCAUCUGGGAAGUCCAGGAUGAUCUUUAAAAUAUAAUCAUACCUAUUUGGGGUCCAAGCAUACUUAUUGGAGGACUUUCAUCUUGGUACUCAAGUGUGAUAUUUACCAUAGUGUGAUAUUUGGGCUUAAUAGUAAUUUUUGGAGCAAUUAUCAUCUUGGUAAUCCGGUGUAAGUUUUAACAUAAUCAUACUCAUCUGGGCAUAAUCAUUCUCAUAUGGACAAUCUGGUGUCAUACUUGAAUUAGUAAUACUCAUUUGGGCUGCCCUGUGUGAAAUUGAGCAUGACCAUUCUCACUUUGGCAAUUCUAAUUUGUGGCUUCCUGUCUCUUGACAGACUUCAUUUAAUGUCAUUGCUUACAAGGAUAAGCCACGCCUUAGGACUGCAGUAGAGCUUCUCAGAACCACGCAGGAAAUAGAGAGCAGGCUUGAGGAGGUAUUGACUUGCUAUUUUUUGACUACUUCAUAAGCAUUAACUUUAUUCAACAAAAAUAUUUAUUCAAAUCUAUCUAAUAAGCCAAUGAAAUCGUGCUCCAGCUUGUGUUUAGCUUCAUGUGAGGGCCCCCGCCUCUUAUAAUAGUAUCAUCCCAUGCUUCAUGUGGAAGAAUUAAAUCCUAUAAUUAAAAAAUACGGGCCUACUCUCUUGGUUCUCAAUAAAUUUUGAGUUGAAUAGUUUGAUUAAUUAACAUGAUUUCUCAGCUCCUCAUUUUGUGUUUGAUUCCGUGCCUAAUUUAGCCAACUUUUGGGUUGAAUUGCUGGGGUUUCUAUUGGAAUUACGUGACAAGAUCUUAGCUGUCCCCAAGGUCCAAUUUAUUUUGAUUAUUUUGGCAAACUUAUGAAGAAGGAUUCUUGCCUAUUUCAGGUUUCUCUUCCCCUUCUCAUCCUUCAUGGUGAAGCAGAUAUUGUGACUGAUCCCUCUGUCAGCAAGGCUUUGUAUGUGAAGGCGAGAAGCCCUGAUAAACAUCUCCAACUGUACAAGGAUGCGUAUCAUGCGCUUCUUGAAGGAGAAUCUGAUGAGAUGAUCUUUAAAGUUCUGGAUGACAUCAUCUCUUGGUUGAACAGCCAUUCCACCAAGAAAGCUUGA